AUCAGAUGUCUUGUUUUUAUUUCAGUUUUGAAAAAAUAAGUCCUUCCUUAGACCAGCACAAAGAUUAGAAAACAAUACCUGUGGUGAGAGACUGUUAGAGGCCACCUCUAGCUAAAACUGACUGCGGGCAUCUGUUGGGUACUUACUGAGUGGCCCACCCUGCUCUGAGAAUUAUACUUUAAUUGUGUGUAGUUGUGAGUGUGUAUGUGGGUAUGUACGUAUGAGUGCAAGUGCCUUUGGAGACUGAAAGCAUUGAGCAUCUCUGGAGCUGGAGUUCUAGGCAGUUGUGCUGGGAAUUAAAUUGGGUUCUCUGCAAGAGUACUUCAUGCUCUCAACCAUUGAGCAAUCUCUCCAACCCCCUCCUUUUAUCUCUUAAUUGUACAGCAGUCACAGGACAAUUUUGAAAAGUUAGUUCUCCCACUGUGAUCCUGGGUAUCAACAGGUUCACAGUCUUGGUAGCAAGUCCCUUUACCUGCUGAGUCAUUGCGCUGGCCCUUUAAGAACUUAAACAUACGGUGUUGUCAAACUAAUGAUCUAGAAGAUAGUACCGGUGCCACAGACAGGGCAGGGUCACAGGACCUGUGCUGUCCUGCCCUGCCCUGCCCUGCCCACCUACAGCAGUGACCUUAGGGCUCUGUUUUACAGUUCCUGUUUAGAGUGAAUGGGAUCGUCACAUCAGAAGAGCCCAUGAUACCAUGAUAUGUGCCAACAGAUGUCCGGGACAGCAUUGCUGUAGUGGCCUUUGUGAAAUUGGAAUGGCAGUAGUGGUUACAUUUAAUACAGUUAAGCACAUGGUCCUAGUCAUGGACUGUGCAGACUGAUCCACUCAGAGUUUUCCACCUUCCCAGCCAUGGCAUGAGAGAGGUUAGGCCAUGCUGCAUUCCUGUCUAGCUGCUGCUGGAAGAGUUUGAGAAAGUCCUCUUUUUUGGCUUCCUGUUUUAGCAGUGUUCCACAUUUUGAGAAUUCGUUAGUAAGUGCCACCUAUACUCAAGAUUCCACCACUCUGAGCCAGAUUGCUGUGACUUCCUUAUCUAAGGUAGGGACACUGUCCGUGAUUAGAGAAAACAGGAAGUCCGAGGGGCCUAGCCUAGCUUCCAUUACCCAGCACAGGGCUGCUGCCUUAUGGUUGUACUGAGUAAGGGUAAAGCAGGCUGGCACUUAGUGGUUACAGCAGAACAUGGUGGCCUCCAGUAGAAGCAGCAGCAGGAGUGGCUGCCUGGGCUUCUGAGCCCAGGGUUGGGAUCAGGAGGCAUCCUAAGGAACCAGCAUUCUACUUUGGCUUCUCCUGGAACUCUUGCCCUAAUGCUCAGUACAGGAGGUGUAGGGUGACUGUUCCAGACCUUUCUUGCCCAGUAGCCUGUCAGUGUAUCCAAAGCCCCUUUUAUCCAAAGCACCUGGCUUUAGUUCCCUGUUCAGCUACUGCCUGCGAUGUCAUUAGAAUGAAGUCUUGGGUUGCAUUUGGUUUAGUGGUUUGCAUUUAUCAAGUCCAGUUGGUCCUUUGUUCGUGAGUUCCACACCCAUGGGGUUCAUCCAAGCACAGAUCUGAAAUAUUUUAUUUUUGUGUCAGUACUGAGCAUGUGUGGACUUCCCUUUCCUGUGGUUGUGUUGUGUGUGUGGGGUGGUUCCUCAGGGUGUUGUGUACAACCAUUACACAGCACUGUGUUGCGGUAGGCAGUGUACGAUUGAGAAGCUUAGACUGUGGUGCGUGUGCAUAGCUCAUGAGCAGCCCUCACCCUCUUGUGAGGAGACCUGAGCACCUGUGCAGGUUUGAGUUGGUUUGGGUGCCUACGCCCCGGAACCCAUCAGCAGAAACCGGGGAUGCUGUGUCUGAGUAACAGUGACAUCUAGUGUCCAGAGUUGGGUCUGCCCACAUUUACUAGCUCCCUGACCACAGUGGUCAUGGAAGCCAUCCAUGCCUUCUGUCCAACAGAUAUCCAGAGUCCCUAGGAUUCACAGUUAAGGUUCCAUCCCUACGUAAUUCUUCAGACCAUUCCCUCACAGCCGCAAGGCCAGAAUAAAGCCAGAUGAUCAUGAAGUCAAAGGUGCCAUGUGUCAAACACCUAGGUACCCCAUCCUGUUGGAAAGCUCUUUGGGACUUGAAGGGAAGGUACCCAGACCAUUAGAUAGGAUGCCACAUGACCACUGAAGGCUUUACCUGGCUGAGUUCAAGAAGAACCAGCAAGUGCUGAAUCCUGGCUCCCUUAGCCACUUGCACUGGGCAGAGACAAGAGGAAAGUUACCUGGGUCAAGCCAAAGCCAUUGUCAGUCUCCUCAUGGGAACCCAGUGGCAGAUCCUCUAGCAUUCGGGGCUGUCUCCAGUGUAAUCAGGUGACUGAGUCCACCUUCAGCAGAGGCUGCCAUCUACCGCCCUAGUUUGCAUUUGUCAGCAACACCACCUUCCACCAUCUCUGGCUCUGAAUCUUAGAGGUAUCUUUCCUGCCUAUUUAGUGGACCAGUCACCAAGCCCUGUCAGCUUGUGUCACAUUUGUCCCCUCCUCUCCCUGUUGCCUCCACUUUUUAUCUAGGCUCUCCCAGAUGCUAGUGAAGUUAAGUCUCAGCCUCUCUAAGAAAGAGGCUGAAGAGGUCCGCACACAAAAUACCAGUAAGUGUAUGAGGUCCAGGGACCUAGGCAGCAGGACAAACUGAUAGUUCCUGAGAUUAGGUGGCCUCCAUGUGUGGCUGGGGAAUGUGGCUCAAUGGUAAAGCACUUGUCUAGCAUAUCUGAAACCCUGGGUUCAAUGUCCAGCACCAGAGAGGAAGGAAGAGAGAAAGCUAGAUGGCAAACAUUAAACAGCAAUGUGAGAUGGCCUGAGAAUAAAGUGGGGAAGUUUGGUGGGAAAAUCAGUGAAUCCAGGGCAGUUUGUUGUCCUACGACUUGGUGUAGAGCUGGGGGAGCUCGCACCCAUCUGGGAGGCCACCUGGAACAGAGGGCUACAGGAUCUUGGUAGGACACUGGGUGUUCUGAGAAAGUCAGUACAGGACUCCAAUAUGAGAUCUCUGUAUAUACAAACACACCUUGGGUAUUAGCUCAGUUAUAGACUCAGACCUGCCCAGAACCAAAUGUUAAACCAUGAGAAUGUUCCAGGGUCUAUAGGAACCGGGGCCAGCAAAACCAGGUCCAUCACAAGCUGAAGAGGCAGAGCCAAAAUCAAAAAAGCUUGAAUCUGAAGAAACUGAACUUUUUAAUCCUCUGGGGCUCCUGAGUAAGGAGAUGAAUAAUCAGAAAGGCUUAAAACCCUGAGCUGAGCUGGUCUGUGGUGGCGUAUGCCAUCAGUCCCAGCACUUGGUACGAAGGUGGAUCUCUGAAUUCAAGGCCAGCUUGGGCUACAGAAAGAGUUCCAGGACUACACAGAGAAACCCUGUCUCAAAAAACAAGCCUCCCUGUGAAGCAGGACAGCUAGGUAGUACUAUAGACGGUGGGUACUGCUGAAAUACAGGGGUAUUUCACGUGUUACAGACCUCUCCCACAGCCUGUUUGAGUCUUACACAAUGGCAUUAUUUCUAUGAAGGAAACUGGAGAGCCAGCUCAGUGGUUAAGAGCCUUGGCUGCUCUUCCAGGGGACAGAAUUUCCAGAUUCAACUCAAAGCACCCAUAUGGCACCUCACAACUGUCCUGUAAUUCCAGUUCCAAGGGAUCUAGUGACCUCUUGUGGUCGUAGGCACCAAGCACACAUGUGGUAAACAGACACACAGGCAGUGAAAUACUUAUUCACAUAAAAUAAAUUUUAAAAAAAGAAAAUGGGAGUCCGAUUUGGCUCAUGUCAGUCACUUUUCUGUUCAGUUUAGUUUCUCAUUGGGUUGAAUGACUUUAUGUUCAUUACUUGUUGGAGGAAUAUAAUUUCUCAGCGAGGGGAGUCUACUUGAUGACCCUGUUCAAGAAGAUGAAUACGCACAGGCCAGGACGAUGGCUCAGGGUUACCCUGCAAACCUGAGGACCCCAAUUAGGCAAGAACUCAUGUAUAAAGAAAGAAGUGUAGCCAGGCAGUGGUGAAACCUGCCAUUACUCCCAACACUCAAGAGGUAAAGGCAUGCAGAUCUCUGAGUUUGAGAGCAGCCUGGUCUAUAGAGCAAGUUCCAGGAUAUCCAGGACUACACAGAGAAACCUUGUCUCAAAAACAAACAACAAAAAAGGCCAGUAUGGCAUUGCUUACGCUUGUGAUUCUGGUGCUGGAGAGACAAGCAGCCAGUCUAGUCAAAUUGUUGAUCCCAGAGCCAGUGAGGGGCCCCAUGUCUUAGACUUCUCUCUGUUGCUGUGGAGAAAUGCUCUAACAAAAAGCUAGUUAGGAGGAAAAGUUGAUUUGAGCUCACAGUUCUAUCACCUUGAGGAACAACCAGUUACUUCACCAUCACGAGCAGAAAUAAAUGAAUGCAUUCUUCUCUACAAUCCAGCAUACUCUACCCUCACACAAUUCACAACCCAAUCCCACGGUGCCACCCACAAUCAAACAAGACAGUAGUCCUCAGGCCAACCUGGUCCCGCCCGACAACUUCCCAGGUCAGUCUCAAUUGUGUCAGUUGACAAAACUGACCACAUCUUAUCUCAAAAACUGGAUCAAUGAGGGACUGGAGAGAUGGCUCAGUGGUUAAGACCAUUGAUUGUUCUUCCAGAGAACUUGGGUUGAAUUCCCAGCACCCACAUGGCAGCUCACAACUGUAACUCCAGUUCAAGGAGAUCUGACACCCUCACACAGACACACAUGCAGGUAAAACACCAAUUCAAAUAAAAUUUAAGAAUAAACACAUUUUUUAAAAAAAGCCUGGAUGAAUGAUUUCUGAGGAAAACCUGUAAGGUUGAUGUCUGUCCUCUACAUGCAUGUGCACAAAUAAUUUGCAUUUUUAAAGAGGAAGUUUGCUGUGGGAUGGUCUCUCUAGAUAUGUCAGAAAGAAGGUACUCCCAUGAAGUCUCACCAACAUGGCUGCCUAAGCAAGACCUGAACAAAAUGAUACCAACAGGCAUGCUAACAUGGAGAGGGGGAAAGUUCACAAGGCCUCAACCCUGGACAAAGAACUGCAGGAAGCUAAGGAACACUGAAGCCUGGAGAAAUGGUCCCCUUCAGAGACGAGUACACAAAGUGUGUGUCCGAUACCCAGUGGUCAGUCCUGAGAACAUACAUAAAAGUGACAUUAUCCAGACUAAGCAUAAGGCAUUUAUGUAUUUAGGAAUACAGGUGUACACAAGUGCGCGGGCGUGCAUGCACGCACGUGCGCGCGCACACACACACACACACAAAACUACCACCACCACCACCACCACCAAAAUCACCACCACCACCACCACCACCAUCACCACCACCACCACCAUCACCACCACCACCACCACCACCACCAACAACAACAACAACAAUUAAAAGAGACCAUGCAUUUGGAAGAAGCAGGGGAGGAUACAUGGAAGGUUUUGGGGCAAAGAAAGGGAAGAGGGAAAUAAUGUAAUUAUAACCUCAAAAAUUAUUUAAAAAGAGAAAUAUUGGGGCUGGAGAAAUGGCUCAGAUGUUAAGAGCACUGGUUGUUCUUUCAGAAGCCCUUAGUUUUAUACCCAGAAAUCACAUGGUGGCUCACAACCAUCUAUAGUGAGCCCUCUUCUGGCCUGCAGGCAUAUGUGCAGACAGAAUGUUGUAUGCAUAAUAAAUAAAACUAAUAUAAAAAAUGCAACAUGGCUUCUUUAAAAAAUGUUUUUAAAAAGAGAGAAAUGUUUAAUUAUGUCCCACUUGCAGAAUAUGAAGAACCAACAAAGUAGCAAAUGCUUAAAAUGUUGUUUUAUUUUCUGUAUUUAGUCUGAGUGUUUUUUUUUUAAUUUCUGAAAAUGUUACAAAUAGCUACAAUUAAAGCAUGCUACAUAUUCAGGUCUGGUGAGAUGGCUCAGCAAGUAAAGGCACUCGCUGCCAAGCCUGAGGACCUGAGCUCCAGCAACUCCCACAAGUUGCCCUUGGACCUCUACACACAUGCAGGGCACAGGUGCCCCACACUGGGAAGGCAGAGGCAGGUAGAUAUUUGUGAGUUCAAGGCUAGCCUGGUGUACAGAGAGUUCCAGAACAGCCGGUGCUUACAUGGAGAAACACUGUCUCAAAAACAAACAAACAAACAAACAAACAAUUAGCAGUGUUGUACGAGUAGUUCUGGCUACAGAAACAGGAUGUGUGGGCUGGGAUAACGAAAAUGAAGACAUGGAUCCCAAGUCUCUUGGCUUCCUGAGUGUUAGAGCAUCAAGUUUCUAAAAUUUGUCCGACUGAGAAAUGAGCAGAUAGUGGCAGAAGAACAGGGACAGUGGGAAGGUUUAAAAAGGACAGAAACUAGAGGGGGAAAUUCCUAGCUUUAGGAGAGUGGGUUAGUCGAAUAUCCUGAUCAAAAGCAAUCUUUGGGAGCAGGGGAGCAUGAGAGCACUUGCUGUUCUCACGGAGGAUCUGGAUUCCACUUCUAGCAACCAUGUGGCAGCUCACAACUGUCUGUGGCUCAGCCUCCUGGAGAUCGGAGGCUCUCUCUGGCCUUUACAGCAUAUGACGCACACGUGUUGCACAGGCAUACACGUAAGCAAACGCUCAUAAAAUAAUUAGCUAAAAAGCCAUCCUGUGCCACAACCGUUUUACACACACACACACACACACACACACACACACACACACACACACACACACACACACAGAGUGUGGUGCUGGGGAUAGAACCAGGGUCUCAUACAAUCCUACCGUACUCUACCACAGAGCUACUUCUCCAAUCCUUAGUCUCUUAGAACAGGGUUUCCUUAUGUAGCUCAGGCUGGCUUAGAAGUCAUUGUAGAGCCCAAACUGGACUUGGAUGUGUGAUCCUCCUACCUGUGCCUCCAAGGUGCUGGGACUGCCGUACAUUCAUCCCCGAAGCCUUCUAAUACGUAGUGCUGCAGCCUGUGUCACCCAGUAUUCAAUAGAGGCAGGAGGAUAAGGAGUUCAAGGUCAUCCUUGGCUACAGAGGGAGUUCGAGGCCAGUCUGGGAUGCCAGAGAUGCUAUCUUUAAAAACAAAAGCAAACAAACCAAUCCCCCAAAUCCUUAAAUAAAAUAUACUACGGAAGAGUAAAGGUUUCAGGGGCACUUUGCCUUCUCAUGCCUAGCUGGUGUGUGCAGUUCCAUAGGUCUUCCCUGGCGCCUCCGCACUGUCAGCUUAGAUCUUUAAGGGCUCUCUCGGCCCCCGUACACGCGCGCGACCGUGCUGGUUUCCCUGGUGAUAGUUGCCAAGGCAGCACAUGCCGGCGUCGGGAAGGGCGGAGGAAGCGCCCGCCGCCCUGAAGACAGACCCCGAAGCGCGGCCGCGGGCAAGAUGGCGGCUGAUGAAAGCUCUGCAGACACUCUGCGACUCCAGUUCAAGGCCAUGCAGGAGCUGCAGCACCGACGGUUACAGAAGCAGAUGGAGAGAAAGAGAGAGAAAGAGCUGAGCUGUCAAAGCAAAGCUGAUGACCAAGAAGGGCUCAUGGUGAUUCCGGAUGGCCUCAGCCUCCUCGACACAGAGGAGCAGAACCUAAAAAACAUCUUUGAGAAGAGGGCAAGAUGGCGGCUGAUGAAAGCUCUGCAGACACUCUGCGACUCCAGUUCAAGGCCAUGCAGGAGCUGCAGCACCGACGGUUACAGAAGCAGAUGGAGAGAAAGAGAGAGAAAGAGCUGAGCUGUCAAAGCAAAGCUGAUGACCAAGAAGGGCUCAUGGUGAUUCCGGAUGGCCUCAGCCUCCUCGACACAGAGGAGCAGAACCUAAAAAACAUCUUUGAGAAGAGGGUGCUGGAAGAUGAAGUCCAGCAGCUUCGUAGUGAGCUCCGGGAGACAGUCGAUGAGAACGGGCGACUGUAUAAGCUGCUGAAGGAGAGGGACUUUGAGAUCAAACACCUCAAGAAGAAAAUCGAAGAGGACAGAUUUGCCUUCACAGGGGCGACUGGGAUGGCUGGAGACCUAGUUGCCACCAAAAUCGUUGAGCUGUCCAAAAAGAACCGGGGUCUGAUGGCAGAGUCAGAGAGUGCAAAGGUCAGGAUAAAGCAGCUGACCAAUCGCAUCCAGGAGCUGGAGCACGAACUACAGAUGGCAUCAGCCAAGCCACCAGCCAAGGGGGCCACUGAUGCAGGCACUAAACCCCUGAAGACCCAGACGGGGGACAAAGCCGUGCAGCCGGAGACCCCAGAGGUUAAAGCUCUGCAGGACAGGCUGGCAGCCACCAACCUGAAGAUGAGUGACCUGCGCAACCAGAUCCAGUCUGCCAAGCAGGAGCUCCGUGUGGCCCAGAAGGUUCUGGCCAAUGAAGUUGGGGAAGAUGUAAAUAUCCAGCAGCUCCUGGCCUCACCAGGGACCUGGAGGGGAAGGGCUCAACAAAUUCUAGUUUUGCAGAGCAAGGUCCGAGAUCUUGAGAAGCAACUGGGCCAGCGUCAGAACAAGAUUGCGGGCUCACCGAGCUCUGAGCUUCCUCUCAAUUCAGACCCAAGGAAGCUGACCGCACAGGAGAAAAACCUCCUGAGGAUCCGCAGCCUGGAGAGGGACAAGCAGGAGAGCUGGGAGAAAUUAACCAGUGAGCGGGACACCCUCCAGACAGAGCUGGAGGAGCAGAAAAAGAAGUUUGAGGGCAUUCGGUCUCGCAACAAGGUGCUGUCCAGCGAGGUGAAGACCCUCAGGAGCCAGAUGGUGACCCUGGUGGAGAAGGGCAGACAUGACGACGAGCUGAUCGACGCUCUUAUGGACCAGCUAAAGCAGCUGCAGGACAUUCUGGGCAGCCUGAGUGUGCAGGAGGAAUCGAGACGCACGUCUCAGCAGCACCUGGACCAGAAGGUCAACAGUGAGGCCCAGAGAAGCAGCAGCCUUGUGGCCCAGCUGCGGGCCAUGGUGGCUGAUCGUGAGGCCAAGGUGCGGCAGCUGGAGCUGGAGAUUGGGCAACUCAGUGUACAGUAUCUUCACGGGAAAGGAGGGGGUGAGGGGGCCAGCCCCACCGAUGCCAGGUUCCCUGAGGACCAGACCCCGAUAACCAACUCCCCAGCCUCGGCAGGCGACCAUGUUGGCAGGCUCGGCUCUUCCCGCUCGGUGACCAGCCUGGGCCAUACACUCGUGGAAUCUGCUCUCACAAGGCCAUCCCUGCCUAGUCCCCAUGGGACCUCGCCCAGGUUCUCAGACUCCCCAGAACAAAAAGGCUGGCAGGCACAAGCUGCAGAAAUGAAGGCCCUUUGGCAGGCUGCUGAGGUGGAGCGGGACCGGCUCAAUGAGUUUGUCACUGUGCUGCAGAAGCGGGUGGAGGAGAGCAGCAGCAAGCUGCUGGAAGCCGAGCGAAGGCUGCAGGAGGAGCGCCAGCGAGCCGUGCUGCUGGAGCAGCACCUGGAGAAGCUGCGCCUGGAGCCGUCGAGGGCCUUGGUGUCCCAGAAAGCCCCUAAGAACAAGCCAGGGCCUCCUGCUGCCAGCACCAAGCCCAACUCAACUGGAAGCGCCAAGAAAGACUCGUCCUCCACUCAGCUCUCUGAUAUGCCUAUGGAAUCACAGAUAGAGGAGCUGAAUGCCAGGCUGGCCAUCCAGAUGGAAGAGAACGGAGUACUGAGAGACGCCCUGGGCAGUGCCCUGCGAGGGAAGGAGGAGGACUUCCGCAUGUACCACCAGACCCUGGGCCAGGUGAAGGGAGUCUUCCUGCAGGCGCUACGGCAGCAGAAAGCCAACAAACAGUAGAGCAGAGCUCUUAGCUCAACUCCUAGAGGACCUCAGGUUCAGGCAGCACCCUCUCAGCUCCUCCCAGAAUCGGCUCUGUAUCCUAGCAGAGCAGACAAGCGGAGGAUACCUGAGCAGGAGUGGUGGCCAGCCAUUCCUGGCUGGUGCGUUUCCUCGAGCAGGUGCUGCUGUCCUUGCCCUAGGGCAUCUCCAGGGCCCUGGGAUCUACGGGCUCUCCACACAUAGCUGAGCCCCUUGGUGCUUCCUCUUGCGGCAUCCACCUGGAGCCAUCCAGCCUUCCCCUGCAAUCCCUCACUCGGGCCCUAGCACCCACCUGGCCAUCCUGCUGCUGUGCCCAGCCUCUCUGUGUACUUACCGCAUAGGGCAGAGCCUUGGGCUUGGAAUAAGAAGUUACUUUCAGUCACUACA